AUGCACAUUUCUCGCAUCAUUGCACACGCUGCUCUCGCCGCAACGGUUGUCUCUUUGGCUGCGUCGACGGCUGAUGCCAACUGGAACUGGAAAACAAAGAGUCAACACAGUCACAAUGUUCAGCCAAACGGUGUGGCUAAGGCUUCGCAUGCUCAGCGCAACCAUGGAGGUGGUCUUCGUGGUUCGCUGUUGGGCCUGAUGAACGAAGUCCGAGACGUAUACGACAGCCAAGACUCCUUCAUCCAAGAAAUCAUCCAUCGCCACGAUGACUACGAGGAAGAGGAGCUGGAGCACGCGAAGACGAACAAUGGAGACUUUGAAAAGGAAGACGACGAGGACCGACACGACGAGGACCGACACGACGAGGAUGACCACGAAGAUACUGAUCAGGACCAGUACCUUCAGGAGGAGCCGAUCGUACACGCUGACGAAGGCAUCCACUCGAUCACAGUGCCGUCGGUGCAGAAUAUCUCCCCUCUGUCUUACACACCAACUGACGAAGAGCACAAAGAAGUCACUGAUGAGGACCAGCAUCUUCAGGAUGAAAAGGUCGUGCACGCUGAAGAGGACAACCACUCGAUCACGGUCCCGUCAGUGCAGAAUAUCUCCCCUCUGCCUUACACACCAACCGACGGAGAGCACCGCGAGGUUACUGAUGAGGACCAGCAUCCUCAGCAGGAGCAGAUCGUGCACGCUGAAGAGGACAACCACUCGAUCACGGUCCCGUCACAUCCUCAGCAGGAGCAGAUCGUGCACGCUGAAGAGGACGACCACUCGAUCACGGUGCCGUCGGUGCAGAAUAUCUCCCCUCUGUCUUACACACCAACUGACGAAGAGCACAAAGAAGUCACUGAUGAGGACCAGCAUCUUCAGGAUGGACCGAUCGUGCACGCUGAGGAGGACAACCACUCGAUCGUAGUGCCGUCGGUGCAGAAUAUCUCCCCUCUGUCUUACACGCCAACCGACGAAGAGUACCAUGAAGUCACUGAUCAGAAGCAGUCCGCUUAG